GAGCUCAUAAUUUCAUGAAGGCAUUAGACUCAUAAAGGCUCCUGAUUGGUGUGAGAUUCAACAAGAGACUGUAAAAGUUCUGCUCAUUUGUAUGCAAAGUGAAUGGCAAAGCAGGUUGUGUUUAAAAAUUUUAAAAUGCAGCCUUCCACUUACUUCUUGCCAGUACGGUAUUCCAUUUGACCACUACACUUCUUGAUUUUUAUCCAUGCACUUGUCUUAUAUAUUCAUUCUAUAAGGAUAUACUGGUUUUUUAGCCACAACGGAUUGUGACUCUUAACAGACCGUACUGCUACCAUGCAAAAGGAUUGCCAUCUUGGGUGCUGUAACUUAAUUUCAGCAUGGAUUCAUCAGGUGAUUCUUAACAAUAUAUCAGAGCUGAAGAGCCUUUUAAGCAUUUCCGGACCUCUGGUUUUAACAUAUCUUUUAGACGUGGCACCUAUACUAAUAACGACUGUGUUCUGUGGACGCCUGGGAAAGUCAGAGCUUGAUGCAUUUGCACUUGGAAAUUCUAUUGUCAUAUUGGCUGGUCAGUCUAUAGGACUGGGUAUAUGCUCUGCUUGUGACACUUUCUUCUCCCAGAUUUAUGGAGGGAAAAAUCUCAAAUUGAUCGGUGUGGUCUUACAACGAGGGAUCCUUAUCCUGUCUCUUUCCUGCUUUCCCUGCUGGGCAUUUUUUGUCAACACGAAAAACAUCCUAUUGCUUCUUGGGCAAGAUCCAACAGUGGCAGGAUUGGCUGAAUUAUAUGUCUUGACAUGUAUCCCAGCUCUUGCAGGAAUUAAUUUUUUUAAUCUUGAAAUUCGGUACUUGCAAAACCAGGGAAUUAUUUGGCCACAAGUCGUUGCAAGUGUUUUGGCAUGCAUAAUUAACGGUGUAUUGAAUUAUGUUUUGCUGUUUGUACUGAAAAUUGGAGUCAUUGGUGCUGCAAUUGCUGUGACAGUUUCUAUCAUAGCUAAAGCCAUCCUUUUGUUUUUCUAUAUAUGGAUAAGAAAGAUCUAUGUGGAUACUUGGCCAGGCUGGACAAUAGAAUGCCUGAAAGACUGGGGCAGUUACUUUGCGCUUGCACUCCCAACUAUGAUUAUGUUAAGUCUGAAGUGGUGGACUUUUGAAAUUGCAAUCAUUUUAUCAGGUCUCAUUAACUUAGUAGAACUUGGAGGACAAUCAAUUAUGCACCAAAUGAUGAACCUUCUUAACAAGAUUUCACUGGCACUAAGCCUUGCUUCCUGUAUUAGAGUGGGUACAUUUUUGGGAGCCGGAGAAACUGAGCAAGCCAAAAAAUCUGCUAGACUGAGCUUUGUCAUAGCAGCCUUUCCAGUUUUUUUAGGCGUUGGUCUACUUAUUGGUUUGCGGCAUGAAAUUGCUAGUAUUUUCACCAACGACAGCUCACUACUAUCCCUGGUCUCUGACAUAAUGCCACUAUGUGCUGUUUUCCAAAUCGUAGGCUCCGCGUGUAAUCUUUUCUAUGGAAUUCUAAGAGGGAUUGGAAUGCAGAAGGUUGGAGCUUUUGUGACUGUUGGUGGCUAUGUUCUCAUAGUCUUCCCAAUGGCUGUUCCACUUAUGUUUUCAGCAAAGCUUGGAGUGAAAGGAUUUUGGACUGGAAUAAAUGUUGGACUUGCUGUCAUGGACAUUGCUUUUGUUAUUUAUUUAUGGAAUGCGAACUGGAAGCUCAUAACAGAAAAGGCUCUGGAGCGGGUAGGAUUGAAACAGUUGAACGAGAAAAACCCUACUGCUCUAGCGGCAAAUGGCAUUACUUCCUCUGAGCACUUUGAAUUGAAUCAUUAUAAUACAAUGAACUCCGGCUUCAUUGCGAAACAGGAUCACGAGGAACUUUGUAAACAGGAAGAAAACAAGUCAAUGAAAAAGCUGAUUGUACGACGAGUGUUUGAAGCGCUCGCUAUUGUGUCUGUUUUGGGUAUUGGACUUAUUAUUCGAUUCACUUUAAAAGAUCACUAGUUUCCAAAAAAAUUGCUAGAUUUUUAGCUAAUUCAAGAAAUAUUAGGGUCAUUGUAUACAAAUUUACCAACUGACCGAAACGAACAGAUGAACUGCCUGUUAUACAUUAUUUUAUAAAGUAUUGUAGAUAGAAGUGUAACUUAACAAAAACACAUCCCUUUCCACUUGAAAAUGCCAUUUUGUAGCAAUUUAGAACUAGGGUUUACAAAUAUAUAUAUAUAUAUAUAUAUAUAUGUUAUUGUGUUUUUAUUGAUGCCACAAACUGUCCACCUAAAUGUUACAUUUAAUGCAAAAAAAAUCUGCUUUGCAUUGAUGUACUUUUGUGAUCGCUAACCUGCACAUUUCAAAUACAGUAUAUUCCAGUUGCCA